GCCAACGCGACUCAAACGCAACGCAGCAUCUCAGCAGCCACCUCCCUGUACACAUCUCAUCUCUGUCUGUCUUUCCGUUUUGCUAGCCUGUUUUUUUUUUGGCGCAAUUACGCACCGCGUGUUGUUGUUUCGUGGGACGGCCCCAUGCCAGAAAACUCCAACAUUUCCGGGUGGCAGGGCGUGCGGUUGUGUUUUCGUUAAUCUAAUUCGUUCAGUUUAGACUGUUUUAGUUGUAAAACUGUACGUACAGUUUAGUGAAACACGUUGGUUGUGUUGUCCGGUUCACAAAAAAAUUGCGUUUUUGUAUGAAAACUCGGACAUUGCCAAUAGCGGAGAGUGACGUUAAUUAACCUUUAACAAGUGUCAAGUGUUGUGCCUCGUGUCGUGUUCUAUCCUCUAUUUCUGUGUCCGUGUGUGUGUCUUGUAGUGUUUCGUCGUCGUCGUCGUACCUCAUCAUCGGGUGUCUUCCGGUCUUCCACAUCCCAAAACUUACAACCGGCAAAACAACCGGUUGUGCAGAAAAAAGGGAUUAGCUGUGGAGGCUGGCAUACCGCUGUAUGACUCUGUCUCAUCAAGGGCUGUGGAUCUCUAUCGGCGGCUGCCCUUCAUCGUAUUUCCGAUGUUGGCUGUCGUCGGUCGUUGUAGAAAGGUUGCUGUGUCGAAGAUCUGUGUGUGUGAGUAAAGUGUAUGCAAAGUGCGUCUGACGCAUAGUGUUUAACGGGGAUAACCGAACUGCACCAACCGUCUACCUCCGUCCGUGAGUAAAGGGGCGCAUACAGAGGCAAACAGCAGCAACAAUAAACGGACGGCGAAAGUAAAUACAAUCGUGCAGGAGGAAAUGGUACCGUGUUUGUAGUUCUAUCGACAAUACCGCCCACCAACCCCACACCUCGUGAGAUGAAAAUAAAUCGAAUCGGAACGUAUCGGCGUGGGCCAGAUGUGUCCCGAGCACGGUGUUGAGCGUUUGCGCUGGAACAAAGGCAAUAGGAGAUAUUGUGUGGAUUGAACAGAACAGCAAAGAAAAACAACCAGCAGUACAUAGCCGUACUGGAAUUGUCUGCUUUUGGUGCGGGGGGCGCGUAAGCAAGCAUAGUAAAAGGCAAGAGAUAUAGGAAAUGAAAUGAAACUCUCCUACCCGCCUAGCAAACACAAUCGCGCGCUGGUGGCAGGGCGAGAAGCACGAAGUUUACACGCCUGAUUGGGAUGAAAAUUGUUUAGUGAUAAUUGAAAUUUACCUCCACACACACACUUGUAUGUAAAAAUAGAAUCAGCCAAUACGGGGACAACCACUGCAACUCAAUAGGUUCCUGUAUUUACACAACCACCCUAACAUUACAAACUCGAAUGAAACGUGAUCUCAGGAAAAAUCGUUAAUCACCCAUCCGGCCGUGUGUGUGUGGUGCGCAUAACUUUGGAGUGAAAAUUGAUUCCAUCCGCCGGGCGGACAGGGCGGAGACAGUGGAAAGAAGACAACAAAAACUCGCCCUCGCCGUAAUUAAUGUUUCGAACUUUCGCUCUUAUCUGUGCUGCCGAAGAAAGAUCGUUCCAUUUCGCCACAGCAACGGUCCCGGUUCAUGAUGUGCGAUUUUCGGGGGACAUUCGGUUGACAUCAUAUCCCGGAGCUGCUAUCGAACGCGCGGCAAUUAAGCAAACUGUGCAGUAAUCGUAAUAGUAAGGGCCAAUAUCAGCAUGAAUACUACCUCACCGAAAUCGUCGCUGGCCAAGCUGGGGCUGCAUCCGAAGGCGAAACCGUUCCGGGUGAUGGUGCUGGGCCAGAGCGGCGUCGGGAAGACAGCAAUGGUGGUACGGUUCAUAACGAAACGCUUCAUCGGCGAGUACGACCCAAACCUGGAGAAGGUGUACACGUUCAACACGCUGAUCGACAAUGAGUUCGUGCUGUUCGAAAUACUGGACGCAGCCGGCCAGCCAAACCAGGAGGCAGACUGUCUAACGCUCGAGGCCAACAUACGGUGGGCGGAAGCGUUCAUCCUGAUGUACUCGGUCGCGGACAAGUGCAGCUUCGAUGAGUGCAAUCGGCUAAAGUUCCUGAUCAACUACAACAAGCGAAGGCGUCGGCUCGGCUCGUACAACAAGGACCCCCUGCUAGACGUGCCGGUCAUACUAGUCGGCAACAAGAUCGACCAGACGGGCGACCGGAUGGUCAGCACGGAAGACGGCCAACGCCGGGCGAAAGAGAUCGCGUGCGCCUGCUUCCACGAGGUGUCGGUGCGCGAAAGCAUCGAGCAGGUGAACGGUGUGUUCCGGGACGCGUGCCGCUUCUGGCGCGUGCUCUCCCGCUACCCCAAGCUAAAGCGCUCCACCAGCGACGUGCACGAUCUGCACUCCGAGGUCGAGCUCAUCCUCAGCCCGGACAGCGUGCAUCCGUUCUGUAACUGUGAUCUCAGCCACGAGAAGCGCCAAUCCAUCGUCAUCCUCGGCCGCCAUCCCUGGACGGAGGAGGAACCGGACGAGACGGACGAGUCCGAGUCGAGCUGCUGCUCGUCGCAAAAAUCCGACAUCGAUGAACCAUUCCGGGGGCGAGCGUCUACCGAUGGGACGCUACUGUCUCGGCCGCGGCGCUGGCGCUUCGCCCCGCCCGGCUCGCUGAUGCCGCACGUUGGACGGGUGGAGCGCCGCAUGAGCAUCUCGAUGCGGGGCAGUAAUGCUAGCUAUUAAAGGGGGAGGAAAAUGACGAACCGCCCUUCCGGAAUCAUCGAAACACGUGUUGUGCGGCCGACCAGCCUAACCAUAAACAGUUGCAACCGAACUAUGCUUUACUGAUUGUUGAGACAGUUGAACGAAAGAGAGGAAGAACGAGACAGACCACUUAUAAACACACACACAUGCGCGUUCGUGUGGUGGACAAUAUUGUGAUUCCGCGUUUAUUUUUGUAUUACAUCGUUAUUAGACAACCGAUUUUUACACAAACACACACACACCACGCCGAACUGAAUUUGCCUUCGCGCAGCCGUCACCAAAGACAGGUAUUUUAAGUAUAUUAGCGCAAGGGGGACGUGUUCGUGGGAGGGGAAAAUCUAGAGAACAAAAAAGCUAGCCGUAAAGGUAGCGUGACGGGGAGGGAAACUUAUUUUAUAAACGCCAAAAAACCAGUCAACUCGAAACGCACAAAACGCGCAACGAAGCCUGUGUAUCGAAUGUGUUAAUAAAAAGUAUCGGUUAUUGCCGGCCUGUAUCGGAUGCUGCCGGAUGCGAGGUGACAGA